CCCAACAGCUGAACUCAGUUUGUUGUUACACUUCGAAUUGAAAACCUCAACUGGUACAGCCUGUGAUCUUCUGUGAUUUAAAGGUUUACGUAUUACCCUAGCUAUAAAGAAAAAGGAGUGUUACACAAAAGAUUUUAAAAUGUAUGCCCCAAUGCAAGCAAAUUACCUCGGCAGCAACCCAUUACAAAGGCAACUUGCCGACAGUAUUGUUAAAAUGUUACCUCUCGAUGAUAUUCGUAUCUUAUUGGCCACUGGUGCAAAGGCCAACGAACCAGUGACUCAAGGUUUGAGACCGCUUCAUUAUGCAGUAUGGAAAAAUUAUCCAGAAGCUGCUUUGCUCAUUUUGGUCAGAGGUGGGGAUGUAAAUGCCAGGGACGAAUGCGGAUAUUCAGCUCUGCAUUUAUCUGCUGAGCAUGGAUAUACAGAUUUGGUUGCACUUCUGCUCAGUGAAGGUGCUCAAGUAGACUAUAGAGAAAAUACAGAUGAUCCUUUCCCAAGGACUACUAUUUGUGAUGAACCAUUGAGGCUUGCAAUUAGGAACAAGCAUUUUGAAAUUGCCAAACUGCUACUUGAACAUGGAUCAGAUCCAAACAAAAGAUAUUUUUUUGGUGCUGAAAUUAACUUGGUUUCCCCUCUGGAUAUUGAGUUCAUGCAACUUCUCCUUCUUUAUGGCGCUGAUCCAAAUACAAGAGACAGAGGAGGAUUGACACCCUUAAUGAAAGCUGCAAGAUUGCCUCAGGGCUUGCAAUCGGUGUUACUUUUAAUCUCCUAUGGUGCAGAUGUGAACGCGAUGACAGAUGAGCGUCACGAUUAUAGGACUGUUCUUCACUAUGCCAUUUUAUCAGGCAAUUUGGAAAUUGUCAAUCUUUUAAUCAAACAAGGCGCUUCAGUAAAUUAUCCACCAGAUGUCAGCAAACCUACUGUUUUAGACUUGGCCAUUCUACGAGGCGAUCCUGAACUUGUUAAAAUGCUCUUAAUUGCUGAAGCAAAUGUCAAUUCAAGUUCUCCUAUAAUCGGUUCGCCUCUACAUGUUGUGUGCUCAGAUGGAAUUCUCAACCGGCAUGAAUUAAUGACUCUUCUUCUCACUUCUGGAGCAGAUCCUAAUCUUAUAGUAGACAGUGAUGACGGCCCACCUUUAAGGCCAGUGCUACCCGAAUAUUUAGCAGCGAACGAAAAACCUUGUCCGAAUAUAAUAAAAAUGCUGCUCAAAUAUGGAGCAAAGGUGAUUAUGAAAACUCAAUAUCGACACCCCCAAGGUAUUUUAAACUCGCUACAGCAUAUCGGAAACAACGACAGAAUAUUUUACUACCUCAUGGAAGCGGCAGAACAGUUUGACACUGGAAUGAUAAGGAGGAACCAUUAUUUAAGUCAGGACCAAAAGAAUUUUCUUUUAGACUAUGCCAUCACACCGCAGUCGUUGAAACAACAGUGCCGUUUUGUGAUCAGGAAUUAUCUUGGCAAAAAUUGUGUCGAAAAGGUCAAAGAACUUGAACUACCCAAAAUCCUUCAUAACUACCUCCUUUAUGAUUUUGUUUGAUCUUUGUUUUUCUGAUUUUUUUUAAUUUUUACUUUUGUUAUCUCAUUAAAAGGUGAUUAGUUAGUAAUAAUUUUGGGUGAUUUAGAAUCUAACUCGAAAUACUCUAUUUUUUACUAAAACUUAAGUUUAUAUGUUUAAUGUCCAUUUG